AUGACUCAAAACAUGUAUUCUAUGAGUCCCUCUGAAACUUCUUCAUCUGAAUACAAUACUGAUCCGGACAUCGACUUGGAGUGGGAACUUUACAAAAUCCGUCAUGCACCUGUUGGCCCUGUUCCUCCGGAUCAAAUAUAUUUGACUUUCACAUGUCAGAAAACCGAUUUGUAUGUGAAAGCAGUUGUAGAUGAGGGUCACUCGAUUGUUCAUAUUCUCACUUAUGAGAAGAUUUCCAAUGAACAAUGGAAAUGGACUGAAACAAAGUGUUCAACUUGUAUUGACAAAGUUAGAAGAGUUCUAGCAGAUGGAGAGUGUGUUGUUCCGUUUGCAAUUGACAUGGAGUCAAAAGAAAAUUUUGAAUUUGGAGACGUCAAUAAAAGAUUUUGGAGUUCUGAGAUAGGAUACGAAACGGAAGACGAGACGUGUUCGGUCAUUGAGAUGCCUCUGAAGUAG